AUGGCUGGGCAUGGCAGCGGCGGCUUCGACGGCGACCAGGGUGCCUUCAACCGGAGCCACAACAGUGGAUCUGGGGCCGGCGGCAUGACGCGCGACUUCUGGGGCUCCUCCGGUCCAAGCCCCUUCGGCUCUGGCGCUGGUUCAAGCUCCUACCCGAACCCGCACCUAGGGUUCGACGGCCUCGACAUCAACGCUGGCGAGCAAUGGGCGCCAGACGACGUGGACCACUACGCCGACCAUCUCCGCGGCAGCAGGGACCUCAUGCCGCCUCCCGUCCACAAGAGCAAAGCAAAUUGGACAACCGAUAACCUAAUGAAGUACUACGAGUGCUAUGUUUUAGAGAUGCACCAUGGGAAUUGCUCUGGAGGCCAAAUGAACAAAUAUGGCUGGAAGGGGUUGAGCAGUAGGUACUAUGCUGCAACAGGUUUGCUGCACGAUAGGGAACAAUUGCAGGGCAAGCAGAGGACCCUUAAGAAGCUGUGGAGGUUCUGUAACCUUGCACGUACUCACACUGGAGUUAACAUAGAUGCCGACGGGUUCAUCCAAGCUACAGACAAGUGGUGGAACGACAACGCUACGGAAUGCGAGUUCAUGAAGAUUAGGUCAAAUGGACUGCCUCCGUACUUAGAUCAGCUCGACGAGAUGUUUGCCGGGAACACAGUUGAUGGCUCCUCAUCGUACGUUCCAGCUGCUGGUCCAACAACUCAACACAACUGCAACGAGCCCCAACAAGAAGACCAAAAACACAUACGCGAGGGUCAUGAACCAGCACAUGAACUCGCAUUUGGCGACGCUGCCAAGGAGGAGAAGAAGAAGAAGCUGCCGGUGCUCAUGUACUUCCACAGCGGCGGCUUCUGCCUAGGCACGUUCUCGCAGCCCAACUUCCACUCCGGGUGCCUCCGUCUCGCGUCGGAGCUGCCCGCCGUCGUGGUCUCCGCCGACUACCGCCUCGGCCCCGAGCACCGCCUCCCCGCCGCCAUCGACGACGCCGCGGCCGCCCUGUCCUGGCUACGCGACCAGCACGCAACGGCCGUCGGCGUCGCGGGCGCCCAUCAUCACCAUCGCUGGCUCGCCGAGUCGGCCGACUUCACCAGGGUGUUCGUGGCCGGCGAGUCGUCGGGCGCCAACAUGUCCCACCACGUCGCGGUGAGGCACGGGUCCGGCGAGCUCCCGCUCGCCCCGCUGCGCGUCGCCGGGCACGUCCUGCUGACGCCGUUCUUCAGCGGGGUCCAUCGCACCGCGGCCGAGGCCUCGCCCUCGCCGCCGCCGGCUGCCGUCUCGCCGCCGUCGUUCACGACCGAGAUGGCCGACACGAUGUGGCGUCUGUCGCUCCCCGUGGGCGCGACAAGGGACCACCCCGUGACGAACCCGUUCGGCCCCGGCAGCCCCGCGCUGGGCGCCGUGGCGUUCCCGCGGGUCCUCGUGGUGUCCGCCGGCCGCGACAUCCUCCACGAACGCGUGCUGCGCUACGCGGCGAGGCUUCAGGAGAUGGAGAAGCCCGUGGAGGUCGUCGUCCUGGAGGAGCAGGAGCACGCCUUCUUCUCCCGCCAGCCAUGGAGCCACGGGACCAGCGAGAUGAUCCGAGUCGUGCCGCGCUUUGUCUACGGAGAGAACUGCGCGGAGUGCAAGUAAUAGUGCGGUGGUUGGUCUAAUAAAAACGUGUUGUGUUCUUGGCACCUUGCUUCUUGAUUCUCUCCAUGUAGGAGUAUAGAACAUGGAAGGCUGGACUUGAACACUGUCUAUAGUCGAACGAAUAACCGUCACAUAAAGUUUUCACUUGCUUCA